AGAGUUUGAGGCUGAGACAGUUUUAGAAAAACUUUUGAGAAGACUUGGUGGACAUCGGUUUUAAAACCAUGCUUUUAAGGCACCGGUUAGAAGAUCAUCUCUGGAUUGUGUGUGCGCGCAUAGUUUCAGGCUUUUGUCAUGCCGCACUGAUCUGACCACACAGACAUUGUUUUGAAUACCAGCCAUCAAUCUUCAGCCUUAAGACGGCCAGAAGCAAGUGUUCAAAUGAGAGCCAUGUGGAAAAGUUUCCUUUCCUUUUCCUUUAAUCUUUUUUUUUACAUUAUUGACUGGGUGUCAGACCUGUGCAUGGUUUCGGGAUGAAAUGGAAAGCUUUACUCGGAUGAUUUGUGGACUCAGUGAUGAUCAGUGAAAGCUUGGGUUUGUUGACUAAAUCCUGUGGCUGUUGCUUAGCGAUGACUGCUCGCUCUGAGCCCUCAUAGCAUAGCAGGAAGUAAAAUACCUGCGACGAUGGCUCUCUCCCUUUUAACAGGGAUGUCUGAGCUGAAAGCCCCUCCAUAGUAGACAUGCUACUUGAGUACUGAUAUCAACCCCUCAAAGUUAAAUAGAACAACCAGUGAAAGAAACUGGAACAAUAACUGUAAAAAAUUGAACACUGCUCUCAAAGAUGAUUUGGAUUGUCACCUUUUGGGUUUCAAACUGCUUAUUACAAUAGACUAGAUUCAAUAAACUAGAAUGACCAAGCUGUGAUUAAUCUGAUGGGCUAAAUUUGGGAAAGCUGGUUUACUGUAAUGUCUGUGGGUAAUGUUUGACAGUGAUGUCUACAGUGAGACGGUGUGAAGAUUUGCAAUGACUUCCUGGCUGUUAUCCUUUUGCGCUUUGGCUCACUGCGCAAUGCUUCUGAAACAGGAAGCGGCGGUCAAGAAAUACUCAAAACAGCCGCCGCUGCAGCAGCCCCCACAGCACACCUUCAGUCUCCCGGAAGAGGUUGCCUGGUCUUCAUGGGGGCUUGGCAGCAGAUUUGGGCACACAGUUGCAUUUUUGAUUUCUGUUUUUUGAAAACUUCUGUCUCUCUGCUACAUACAAAGUGACUUUAAGACUCCACCACCUUUCUCUACCUAAACCCAAGUAGCCUCCGCCGCUCGCACGGAGGCAGUCUGAAGCGGUGCUCGACUCUCGAUCGUUCGCGCCCUCUCCCUUUCUCCCCCCCCAGUACAGCAUGUAGCAGGAGGAGCCGGCAGCUCUCACUUGCUCCCGCAACCGUAAAAUGACACCAGGCCCUCUCUGCAGUUCAGCCCCCCCCCCCCUUUCUGCCUUUCCAUUGAAAUGCAGUGAGAAGAAAGGAACAAAGCUUGGAUACAGAGCACUCGUCUCCGGGGGUCUUAUGUAAACUGAAUGCAGGAGAAGGAGACAGGAAGUGCUCCCACAGCCCUCUUACUCAAAGUGCCAGAACAUAUCAAGUCCGGUUGAAAAGCCAGCCUCAAAAGUCUGCCAACACCCUUUCCCCUUCCUCGCCUCCCCGUCCCAUUCCUCCGAAGCGGCGGCGGCAGUACCCCUGCACCCAGCGCCAUCAGCAAUGCCAACAGGGCCUGAGUGCUCAGCCUCAGCCUGCCCCGCGCCCAGCCUAGCUACUCGCUCCUCCUUCGGCAAUCUCGGCCAGGCCUCGGUCAGCAGCCGUAGCUGCAGCAGCAAUAGCUUCCACCACUGCUGUUGAAGCAGCAAUCAAAAGGGGGGGAAAGGGGUGCAGCCUCGUCGCGAUCCACACCACACCACCCCGCUGCCACCCUGGGAACUCAAGUGCAGCUCACCUCCAUCCAUCUAGGGGUCGCGAUCACUAGCAAGGGGGCUCCACUGAAUCACCAAGCUGCCAACAGCCACCUCUCAGGCAUGGCUCCCAUUCGGGACUCGGUCAGCCACUCCCCUAACCAAACAGGUUUGGAUCACACUGGCUUGGAUUCCCAGUAUGAAAAUUCUCCUUGGAGUUCUGGCAGCGACUCGAACAGCAACUGGGGAAAAGUCAUUGUAGAGGGUUGUGACAAGGGACAGUGGCCCUCCAUCACUGGCAGUGACCCAGAGUUAGCCUCAGAAUGUAUGGACGCUGACUCUGCCUCCAGCUCUGGGUCGGAGAAAAACCUUAGUAUAAUGGCUUCUGGAAACACUGGCAGUGACAGCAACGGCAAUAGACAAGGCAGCAACGGUCAGAGCUCCCCAUUUAUGGUUGCAAAUGGCAGCAAUAACGUUGGCAAUGGGAGUGUCAAGGGGCCUUGGGGCGUUUCCAAUGGCCCGAUGCUAAGCACAUGCCAAGGCUCAGGAGAGAACCCUGGUGGCAAGCUGGCUGAAAACAGCCAUGGUAAAUUAAAUGCAUGGGGUACCCAAGGUCCCUCAACCAAUGGAGGUAUAAAUCCAAGCACUUUGAACCCAAAUGCCAACCAUGGUGCCUGGCCUGUUCUGCAGAACACUGGGCCUAACCCCCUCGGGAAUGGUGGCACCAACACACAACGAAGCACCGUAGGUCAAAUGCCCAGCCUUCAGAGUAGUAUUAACUCUCCGAUGUCCUGGGGGACCCUGCAGGACAGCAUGGCCGAGUCCGACGUCAACGGUACAAGCAAGCUUCCAAGUGGGCAGCCUCAAAACCUUAACACUGAAAUGAAUGGACCAAAUAACACUACUAACACGUUGACCUCUAGUUUACCAAACUCUACAGGUUCAGUGCAGAUGAGUGAGCAGUCCGCGGGGCACCGAGCCUGGCCUGUGAGCUCAGGGGGCUCCCCGCAGCUCCCCAUGCCCUCUCCCGUCUCCAACGGCACUUCCAUUUCUCAGCAGCAGCAGCAUGGCAACGGCGGCGAAGGAACGAACGGCGGGUCGUACGGUACGUCGUGGGGAGCUCCGCCCGGCACUACUUAUUCCGGAGACAAAUGCCCCGCGCCCAAAGGCCCAGCCGCGGGUGACACUGUGAAUGCAACUCUAAUGCAGCCGGGGGCCAACGGCUCGGUCUCUGCCAACACCAAUGCUCCCUUCAAGAAUAAUAUCGGCAGCAACGGGCUAGCCAGUCGCGGUGGGGGCUGGGAUUCGGCCCCCGCCUCCGGCCCGCAAGACCUCUCCGCCUGGGGGACGGGUAAUAACGGCAUGGGCCCCGCCAGCAUCCCCAGGCCCUGGGGCAGCGUGUCUUCGUCCUCCUCUUCUUCCUCCUCCUCCUCUUCUUCAAACACUGGCACUAAGGUCCCCAACGGGGAGUGGAACCCACUGCCCGGCAACAAUCAGCAUUCCAAUGACGGCACAAACGGGGGCAGGAAGGGAACAAACGGCUGGAAGUCCCUGGAGGAUGACGCUCUGGGGUUGGGAGUUGGCGGCAGCGGCGGCGGAAGCAGUGGUCAGGCCUCUCAGAGCAGCACAUGGAACAAGUCCACGGGCAGUGAGGGCAGCGGCGAGAGCUCCUGCGGCCGUGGUGAGCGGAGCGGCAGCAGUGGUAACCGCAGGAGGAUCAACCCGCCGGGCCCCAUCACCACGCCACUGACCCGGGCGGACGUGGACCCCCGCGUCCUGUCCAACACUGGCUGGGGUCAGACGCCAGUCCGGCAGAACACUGCCUGGGACGUCUCCAGCACAGAGAAGAAGCCGGUCCCGGACAUGUCCGGCUGGGGCACCGCUGCCCCGCAGCAGACGUCCAGCUCCGGUGGAGGAUGGGGAGACGGGCCCGGCAACAACAACCACAAUAACAACGAUGGAUCCACCAUGUCAGGGUGGGGCGAUCCAAAGCCAUCCUCUGGAUGGGGUGACUCCAAAGGCCAGAGCGGGCAGUCUGGAGGCUGGGAGGACAGUUCGAACAAAUGGGGUGGCAGCAAGGACAAGCCCUCUUCUUCAUCCACCUGGAACAACGCCCCCAAGACCAAGCAGGGCUGGGGCACCACCUCCAGCGGAGAAAGCUGGAGCGCCGGUGGCGGCGAUGACGGCGGGUCGCGCGGAAACCACUGGGGUGAGCCCCAGAAGACCAGCACGGGAACCUGGGAACGGGACAGCGACGGCGACCGUUCCGGCUCAGGCUGGAACGACAGGGGUCGCAGCGGCGCCAUUAGCAGCAGCACCAGCAGCAACACCUGGGGCGGCAACGGUGCCGGCAACACCCCUGACCAGAAUGGCCCGGCUAGCAGUGGCUGGGGAGAACCCCAGAAACCCAGCACUCAGAACCAAGGCUGGGGAGCCGAGCCCCCCAAACCCAGCCACGCCUGCAGCGCCCCUGAAUGGGGCAAGCCGCCGCAGGAUGCCAACAGUGGAUCCUUCCGUGGAGCCCCCAAUUCCCAGACGGGCGGCCCUGGCUCCAACAAAGCCACUGGUUGGCUGGGAGGCCCCAUCCCCACUCUCCAGAAGGACGAACACUCCACUGGUUGGGAAGAGCCUUCCCCCGAGUCCAUCAGGCGCCGUAGGGAGAUCGACGACGGCACAACAGCAUGGGGAGACCCCCACAAAUACAACUAUGGCAGUAUGAACAUGUGGAAUAAGAACAUGGCUGCAGAUCAGGCCAUGGAGGGACCCCCGCCCCCGCCCCAGCAGCAGCAGCAGCAGCAGCAGCAGCCCCCACCGCAGCCCCAACCUCAGCCACCUCAGGUCCCAACCAACAUGGCUCCCAAGGAGAAGACUUGCAGCUCAGGUUGGGGAGAGACGUAUAGUGCGCCACAGAAGAUGGAGUCCUCCACGUGGGGCGAGCCGUCUGGACCGCCGGUCUCUGUGGACAACGGCACCUCAGCCUGGGGCAAACCCAUGGACACGGGGUCCGGUUGGGAGGAUCCAAGCAGAGAUGGUUCUGGAAACAUGGGCUGGGGCAACUCCUCCAUGGGCCAGCAGCCUCCGCACAAGACUGUAUCCAAACCUAUGCAAGAGAACUGGUGUGGAGAAGAGAUCCCCAUGCAGGGUACGGGGAUGCAUUCAAACUGGGGGGAGGAAGAGGAGGAGGUGGAGAUCGGUAUGUGGAAUAACAACACCUCACAGGAGGUCAACCAAUCUGGAAACUGGUCCUACAUGAAGAAGAUGCCUCCAAAGAUGCAUAAAGGUGUUGGUAAGCAAGAAGAUCCAUGGAUGGGUCCGUUUGUGAACAAAUUCAACAAUUCAAUGAAUUUCUCAAGAGAAUCUGAAGAAUCUCACAAGAGCAAUAAGAUGGACAUGUCUGGUGGAAUGAUGACGGACAAGAGAAUGGACGUUGACAAGCAUGUUAUGAACAUGGGCGACUACGGCAAGAAUGCUGCCUCUCGCCACCAGAUCCACAAAGACUCCAUGGACCGCAGUAGCUACUUUGAUAAGAAUGUAAACCCCAUGUUUGGUGGUAGCAAUGCAGCAGCACAAGGCCGGAGCUCCCAGCAGCCUUCAGCACAGCCUCUGAACUCUGCGCAGCCCAAUCUCCGUACUCAAGUGCCUCCAAAUCUACUGCCCUCUCAGGUCCCUCCGUCUUUGAAGUACCCCCCUAAUAAUGGAAGUCUGAACCCCCUGUUCAACCCUCAGCAGGUUGCCAUGCUCAACCAGUUGUCCCAACUGAACCAGCUGUCUCAACUCUCUCAGAUCAACCAGUUGCAGCGCCUCCUUCUCCAACAGCAACAGCAGAAGAUGAAUCCCAGGGCCAUGCCAGUUGGUGGGCGUCAGCAGGAGCCACAGGGUCGCCCCCUGGGCCCCUCACCGCAGAUGAUCCAGCCGCCGCGCCAUCUUGACCCCUCCCUGCUGAAGCAGCAGACCUCUCCGCAGCCUCCCUCCCUGCACCAGCCGGGCUUCAAGUCCUACCUGGACAGCCUCAUAUCCCAACAAAACGCAUCAGACAUGCAGAAAGAGCAGGCCAGCGCCAUGAGCUCGUUCACUAAUUUCCCUUUAGGUGGGUGUCCUCCCCAUCCCCAUUCCCGUCCCACGCUAAGCCAGGCUGAGUCUCUGUUGCACCAACACGCUGGCAAGCCCAACAACAUGAUGUUUGCCUCCGAGAUGGCAGGCUGUACCCCCGCUGGCAGUAGUCAGACCCAUAGCCUCCUUAGCCCAGCCCUGAGCAACGGUCACAUGGGGCCGGGCUCACCCCUCCCAUCCCGGUCCGGGAGGACCUUUGCCUGUCCUGAGAACAACACAAUGUCAAGAGGUUUGACCUCGAAUGUAAGCAAUCUAGACAUCGGCAGUGUUGGUUACAAAGAGCCCCAGUCCCGUCUGAAGAAAUGGACUGCCAUGGACAUUUCCAACUCGCCACUUGAUCAAAAUCCCAGCAAACCUGGUGCUAUGUCCUCUGGUUUGAGGCUUGAGGACUCCCCCUUUGGUCCGUAUGACUUCAUGAACGCCAGCAGCUCCCCCCUGAGUCCUCCUGGGUCGGUGGGGGAUGGCUGGCCCAGCCGUGCCAAAUCACCUCAUGGUUCCAGCAACGUCAACUGGCCACCAGAAUUCCGACCUGGUGAGCCCUGGAAAGGAUAUCCAAACAUUGACCCUGAAACUGACCCCUUCGUCACUCCUGGCAGUGUGAUCAAUAAUCUCUCCAUUAAUACAGUGCGGGAUGUUGAUCACCUCAGGGACAGGAACAAUGGGCCAUCCUCAUCACUUAACACCACGCUGCCUUCAAAUAGUGCCUGGUCAUCCAUUCGUGCCUCCAACCACAGUGGUUCCCUCAGCAGUACAGCACAAAGCACUUCAGCCAGAAACAGUGACUCCAAAUGGUCCCCUGGUACGGUCACCAACACCUCUUUGGCUCAUGAACUGUGGAAAGUUCCUCUCCCCCCUAAAGGCCUGUCCGCUCCGUCCCGCCCUCCUCCCGGCCUCACCGGCCAGAAGCCGCCGCCCUCGUCCUGGGAGAACAGCUCCCUCCGGCUGGCGGGCUGGUCUGGUUCUGAAUCCAGAUUCACUCCUGGCUCCAGCUGGGGUGAUGGCAGCUCAGGGAGAACUAAUUGGCUCGUUCUCAAAAAUCUUACACCUCAGAUCGACGGAUCCACCCUGCGCACUCUGUGCAUGCAGCAUGGCCCACUGAUUACAUUCCACCUGAACCUGCCCCACGGUAAUGCUGUGGUCUGUUACAGCUCCAAGGAGGAGGCAGCCAAAGCUCAAAAGUCUCUGCACAUGUGCGUUUUAGGGAACACUACUAUUCUUGCUGAGUUUGCUAGCGAAGAGGAAAUCAACCGUUUCUUUGCACAAGGUCAGUCCAUGACUGCCUCUCCUGGCUGGCAAACGACGCUGGGCUCAUCCCAGAACCGCUUGGGCCCCAGCUCCAUGGAGGGCUCGGCCCACCCCUUCCCACCCACCCGCACUGAUCCGAAUCACUGGAACGGCAGUGGCCUGGCAGGGUCCGCCGGGGGAGACCUCCACGCCUCCUCACUGUGGGGGGGGCCCAACUAUUCCACUAGCCUGUGGGGAAGCCCCAGCGGCGGCGACGUGGCGCGAAUCAGCAGCCCCUCACCCAUCAGCUCCUUCCUACCUGUUGAUCACCUCACAGGAAGUGGGGAGGCCAUGUAGUAGUAUGUUUCACCUUCUGACUUAGAAAUGAUAAAAACAAACUAAAAUAAAAUACAAAAAAAAAUAGUCAAAAAAGCAUACAAACAACCUAAAUGAAUAAAUAACUGUGACCUCAGAGUUGGAGUAGUUUUAAAGAUAAAGAAAAUCAUUAUCCUAUGAUCGAGACAGACGGGGGAAAAAAAAGAGAAAAAAUCAAACGGCACUCUCUUCACUUACAAAAAAAAAAUAUGGCGGGGUCGCCCUGUGGAAAUAAGUUACGUUUUUUUCUUCUCUGCACAUAUGUCCACUUUGUUUUAGCCCAAAACAUAUCAGUUUGAAUACUUGAAUCAUGCAGGCCAAUACUAUAAUGUGAAAGGAUGUAUUUACACUUCCAGGUAGUGCUCUUCAUACAGAAAAAAGCUUCAAUUGAGCUCGUGUUUUAUUCAUCAUGUUUAUUUGAAUUCCAAUUCUUUUUAUUUUCAUUUUUAUUAUUUGCAUUUGUUUGCUGACAAUGUUGGAGUAUGAGCUUUUUUUUUUUUUUUUAAACUUUGCACUGAAUGUGGUUUUUCUCCGUAUAAUCUGCAAUAUCGAGGGGGCCGGCAGUUCCAGUGUAGUUGUUUACUCAAGGAUGUUUUUAAAGUGUGCGCUCUACUAUGCCUUGAUGUACGCCUACCUUAUUGUGGUAUUGUGGAGUUCAAGAUCAAGAUAUAAAUGCUGACUUAGGAUUAUUUGAUGAUAUUACAGAAUUAAGUAUUGCACCAAUUUUGUGUUUUAAAACUAAAGAAUCUAGCUCUGCAGUGUGUAAAAACUGUAGCCACAGCUGUGACUUGCAAACCCGACCUGCAAGCCAGGGGGAACAGCACUUUCAAAUAGGCUUUCAAUUUUGUUUUGGAGGUGCCACAUCGCGCCCUCUUGUUUACAGACUUUUGAGGGGGAAAGUAUGCUCAUUCUUCCUUCAUUGUAAAAUAAUAAGACAAAAAACAAAGAAAAAAAAUCAAAAAUACCAAAAAAAAAAAGUACAACAAAAUAUAAAAAGUGACAAAAAAAUGAACAAAAAAAUAUAUUGAGGAUGAAGACGAAGCUUUCUAUCUCUGGGAAUACUGAUCAGUGUUUGGCCAUGUUGUUGGUUAUUUGACCUAUUCCUCUUGUCUGCUAAAUAACCAGCAUGGUUCUCAGGAAAUAUAGCCAGUUUUCCCCUGUAGAAAAUUUGUAGGAAAAUCCAACUUCUAGCACUGAAAGUACUUAUAGCUCUGUAAGUUUUUCUCUGCCAAAUAACUGCUUUAAGCUGGAGAUGUUCUACAUACUGCUUUCAAAAAAUAUGCUGUCUUUUUAAUAAUGGGUGGAUAUGGUUUGCUGAAUCACUAUAUUGUCCUAUUUUCUUUCCCUCUUCCUAUUGAGUGGCUCAAUGUUCUCCUGCUCUGUGACUGUCAAUGUAACUGUCAGACUUAAAAAGAAAAAGCAGAAAUCUGUAACUAUGCAUCCUGUAGCCCUUGACACGGUCUACAGAAUUGCUUUUUCUUUUGUCAGAAGAAUUUUUGUAUAUUCUCAGUAAUAGCAAUUACCUUGUUUCCAAUCUUUGUCAUUGCCAGAGAUGGUGUUCAAAACUUUUUUUUUUUUUUGGGGGGGGGGAGGGGGGGUGUAUUUUUAACAGUGCAAAAGUCGUCCACAUUUCAUUGCCUUGAUUCAAAUUGUGUCCGAAGAUGCAACAAGUCAAGUGGCUUUUAACUGUUUACAAAUAGAAUAUGAUUGUAACGUGUACAGUUUGGUUGUGUUAAUCUGAAGUUCCUUACAAUAUUAAUAAAUCAAACAUUUUUGGCUGCUCAUACAAUACCUGUAUUCUUUUCCUCUCCAGAGCUGGUUUUGUCAUUGAAAAUGGCUUGCCUCUGUAACUGAAGCCAUGGAAGGCUAAAUCAGAGGUGAAUGUAAACUAUUGCUGGUAGUUGAAUACAAGAAAAGAUGUACAUAGAUUUACAGACGAUAUACAUUAUAAAUUGUUUAGUCAAAGAUGCACAAUAUAUGAAAAGCUUCAAAGAGGAGAGGAAGAGAUUUGUGAUCGAGAGAGAUGUCAGCAUUAGGCUAAGCCAUGGACCUUAAUAUUUGUUUAAGCUGUUAUGUUUUUUUUUUCUCCAUUCUAGUUUUAUUUGAAUAGUAGAACUUGCUCACUGUGUUUAAAUUAUCUGUAUUUAAUGACUCAAAAAGCGUAGUACAAAACCCUUUGAGAGUAUUACCCUGACUUGAUGGUGGUGUGCCAGUAUUGAACCAUAUUAAGUAACUGCUUUACCAAAUAUUCUUCAAUCAGAAGAUUUGUUUACUUAAUUCCAGAUCUUGCUUCUCAUUUUGUUUAACAAUAUUAAGAGGAACAUUUGGAACCAGGUUUUGUCAUGUUUUUUUUCCGAGGAUGGAGAACAAGAGUUGACAUAAUGACAAAAUUGAAAUGAAAAGCCUUGGAUUUGCACUUGGUGUACAUAAAAAGAAUCUGAUUAGGUUGUACUGUAUUAAUUUUCCUGGAGGAGAGUAUAGCUUUCUGUGGCUUCAAUGGUGUGACUGGAGAAGAGUGCGGUGUGUCUGUCUUUUGGAUUGUUUAAUGCACAAUGGCUAUCUCUUUAAGGGUGUAAGGCAGAUUAUGAUGGCAACAAUUAUUAUGAUGCGUGUUCCCUCCCCUGACUUGGCCUGCUCUCUUCCUUGCUCUGAAGGAAACGACUGUGUAUUUGAGCUGGUGUUUGUAAAAGCAAAGCCUGUAUCGGACGCCCAUGCAGGUCUUUGGCACUAGAUUGCUGUGUGUUGUGUGUGGUUUUUUUUUUUUUUUUGUUUGUUUUUUUUUAAUUCAUUUAUUCUUAUUCAUUUUUUGAUGACUUUGUGCUGCUCCACAGCCUUGUGCUUUGGAGUGACCUUCCUCUGUGUCCAGGGUAGUGGUGUUAAGAGUACUGAGGGUUAACGCUGUGCAUGGCUUUAACUAAUGGUUCUGAAUAGGAUCUUUCUAACUGUUGGGAGAUGGCUUUUUGUAUUGUCUCCCCAAACAUUGUGGCUUUUGUUUAUUGGAGUGAAUUGAUAGCAUAGGGAAAAGCCAUUUGGCACCCAGUUAAUUUCCACUUUUUUUUUUUUUUUUUUUUUUUUUUACUGUUCUUUUUUCUUUUGUUUCUGUUGUUGUUGUUAUUUUCCUUUGUCUCUUGUCAUCUUAAAGUAAUGUCUUCAUGUAUGUACAGCUGUUUGGACAAACUUGUCCCUCUGAGACAUGAAAAUUCACUGUCAUGCCAAAAUUUCCGUGGGGGAGAGGGAGGAAAGGGAUUUGUUCUUUUGUAAAAGCUGGACAAUGUAUAUGCUUAAAAUGCCACUUGCAAAUGGAUGUUUUGAGGAAAUUCAUGAGCAAUGUACAAUCCCCAUUUUGUAUGGCCAGGUAAAAGUAGAGGAAAACAUGGCUUGGCCUGACAUUCUACUUUUGUAUGAGAAAAUGUCAUUUUCUGAAACUAUCCUGUGAGCAAAAUAUACCCAUGUCUUUUAAAUGGUUCCUACUGUUGAACAAUGUGCUACGGCAAUUGACUUAAACUGUGAGUAUUUCUGUCUUUCAUUAAAAACCCUUAAAGCUUUAGUAAUACCAGCACAAAGAAAUGGAUGAAUGAGAGGUCGAAUCUUAACUUCCACUUGGGAGAAUACUAAGAAAGUCUAUGCAGCGAGAAAUGAGGCUUCAAUAUCUUGUUUGUUUUGUUUGUUUUUCCUCUCGGUAUAAUCUUUCACAGUAGUGACAGGAUAAAGAAAUCCUGAAACAUGUGCCAUGAUUUAACUUCUUGAUUUGUUCUUGUUUUUCUUUGUAAAAAAAAAGCGGAGAAAAAAACAAAUUGGCCAGUUGUAGCAGAUGGAGCAUUACACUGGAAAACUUCCCUCUUCUCACUGUUCCUUGAACACAAAAAUGUGGAACUGAGAAAAGGUAGAGUUUUCAAUGCAACUUCUUUUUUUUUAAUUAUUAUUUUUUUAACAAAUAUUUCUGAAACCAUUCUUUGCUCCCUCAUAACCUAUAUGCACACUGCUUUCGGUUGACUGUUUAAAGGAUGUGUAGAAAUCAACAUCAAUAAACUUACCAACUUCAAUGAGCAGGAAGUACUUUUCGCUGUCUUCCUGGGGUCAUCGUAGAAUUUUCACUUGGGGAACUGCACUUUUUGAAGGACAAUCCUUAUUUGUAUUGGUUAAAAUUUGACAGGAAUUAGUCUAAUAAUACAAGGUAGAAAACUCGUGUUUAGUGAUGAAUGUUUCCUCUGAUGCUGUUGUAUUUUAUUUUACUCUUUGUUGCUUGGUUUUCAAUUUUAGUGCUCUUAAGUGAACAUGUACUAAGGUUGUAGAGUAGAUAUUAGGUCUUAUGUUGGCUGUACUCGUAGACUGAUAACUGUUUGUAAAGUUCUGAUCCUGAUAUCAGAAUACAAAGCUGUAUAACUUGGGUACAACCCUCAAUAAAAAGCCUAACAUUCAA